AUGGAAAAAGCCUCUCAGAUUCAUCAAGAUCAUCUAGUGUCUGUAGUCGGUAUUACUGCUGCUGCAAGCUUGAUUUACUCAUGUUAUUACUUGUAUUCUUCCUAUGACCGUUGCCGCAAUGCCAAAUUUUUUAAAGAAAUUCCAACUCCUAAAUCUCAUUUUCCUUAUCUUGGACAUAUGCUUGCCUUGAGCGAAACACCUUCUGUCCAAAUCAACCAAUGGCAUGAUGAACUAGGCCCCAUUAUCAAACUUCGAAUGGGUCGCAGAACCUGGGUGAUGGUGAAUGAUCCGCUUUUGGCUUAUAAAAUCUUUGUUAAUAAUAGUGCAUUGACCUCCUACAGACCCAAAACUGUAUAUGGGUUUGGUCAUUAUGGUAUGCAAGGAAAAGGUGUUGUGUUUGCUCAGCCUAAUAUUGGGCAUAGAAAGAAUCGAGCAGCAGCCUUGUCCUUAUUAGCUCCUAAACAAAUUGCAAACUUUGCAGCUAAUAUCAAGGAAGAAUCUGCUAACCUAGUGACUCGACUCCUUGAGACGACAGAAAAAGAAGGGAGUGUAGAUCCUCUCAAAGAUCUUCAAUUCAGUGCCUUAAAUGUUAUCUUGGACGCUGUUUUUGGUAAACGAUUUACAUCUGUUGAUGAUGACGAGUUUUGUAAGUUGUUGACAAUUGAGAAAUUGUCAAUGAAAUAUGCUAAUUUACAAAAUGAUUUGCCAUAUUUUUUGCCUAUUAUCUCGUUUUUUGGCAAGUAUUUUGGUCGUCAAUCCAUGUGGAACAAGUUUAUGACAAAAGAGCGCAACCCGACUUACCGCAAACUGAUCACACAAGCUAUGUUAAGCGAAACGCCUAAUUUCAUCAAAGAUCUAGAAGAGAACGGAUUUGCAAUGACUAUAGAUGAAAAGACAGUAUUUGUUUCUGAUAUGCUGACUGGAGGAACGGACACCAUUCCUACUGUCUUGUCUUGGAACUUUGUUAUUAUGUGUCGUCAUCCCGAGACACAAAAAAAGACUGCGGCUGAAAUUGAUACAUUCGUAUCAAAAUAUGGUCGCUUACCCACGUUUGAGGAAAGACUAGAAGUGCCUUUCUGUGUCUCUGUUAUUAAAGAAUGUAUGAGAUAUAAGCCUGCUACCUAUUUUGGUUUACCACAUACACUUCACCAAGAUAAAGCAACAGUCGAAGUAGACGGCUAUCUUAUCAAAAAAGACACUGCUAUCCUCACAAGUAUGCAUAGUAUGCACCUGAAUUCAAAUUACUUUACAGAUCCAGAAAAGUUCAUUCCCGAUAGAUUUAUCAACAACCUAAGAACAAUGCAGGCUUGUGCAAAUGGACGUAUUGAGGAAAGGGAUCAUUACAACUUUGGUUGGGGAAGACGUAUCUGCCCUGGUAUCUCAUUAGCAGAAUCUGAAAUAUUUACUGCUUUUAUUCAAGUAUAUUCUACAUGCUUUAUUGAACCUGCUGAUAAGUCAACCAUGCCUGAUAUUGAGACAUUGAAAUGUUCUGGCCUUACCAUAUUGCCUCGUCCCCAAAAAUUACGAUUUUUAAGACGUGAUGCUAACCUUGUUUGA